GUAGGGUUAUCUUACUGAUAACAGGGAGAACAGGUGCUGAAGGUCACUAUUAAUGGAGCAGCACAUGUUGGAGAACACACAACACACUCCAGCAUCAACUGUCUCUCUCUGACACACAGCGACACAGAGUGUAUACACAGAUCACUGUUCUACAGAGAGCAGGAAUGAAGCUGAAGCUGCCGAACCCGGGGCUGGAUCAGAGAAUCCCCUCCCACGCCGAGCUGGAGGAGAUGGAGGAGGUCCAGGCUGGAGAUCGUCCUCAGUGGGACAACAAAACUCAGUACAUGCUCACCUGCGUUGGAUUCUGUGUGGGACUGGGGAACGUCUGGAGGUUCCCCUACCUGUGUCAGAGCCAUGGAGGAGGAGCGUUCAUGAUACCGUUCCUCCUGCUGCUGGUUCUGGAGGGAAUUCCUCUCCUACAUCUAGAGUUCGCCAUUGGACAGAGACUGAGGAAGGGAAGCGUUGGAGUUUGGAGGUCCAUCAACCCGUAUUUAUCUGGUGUGGGUAUUGCAUCCAUGCUGGUGUCCUGUAUGGUCGGAAUGUACUACAACACCAUCAUCGCCUGGGUCAUGUGGUACUUCUUCAACUCCUUCCAGGAUCCACUGCCAUGGAGUCAGUGUCCCAUAAAUGAAAACAGAACAGACGUGGUGUCAGAAUGCGGCCGCAGCUCCUCUGUGGAUUAUUUCUGGUACAGAGAAACUCUGAACAUUUCGACUAACAUCGAUGCCUCAGGCGGGUUGCAGUGGUGGAUGGUUUUGUGUCUGAUCGCAGCAUGGACGGUUCUCUGGGUCUGCUGCAUCCGAGGCAUUGAAACCACUGGAAAGGCUGUCUACAUCACGUCCACUCUGCCCUACGUCGUUCUCACCAUCUUCCUGAUUCGAGGGCUGACUCUCAAAGGCUCUGUGGAUGGGAUUAAGUACCUCUUCACACCAGACUUAAAUGAGUUGGCGAAUCCGACCACGUGGCUGGAUGCUGGAGCUCAGGUGUUCUACUCGUUCUCUCUUGCCUUUGGAGGACUGAUCUCCUUCUCCAGCUACAACUCUGUACAUAACAAUUGUGAACAGGAUGCUGUUAUCAUCUCCAUCAUCAAUGGGCUCACGUCAGUUUAUUCUGCUAUUGUCAUCUACUCCAUCAUCGGCUUCCGGGCUACGGAGAAGUUCGACGACUGUCUCAAUGGGAACAUCAUGGCCCUGCUGAAUGCGUUUGAACUUCCCAUUGGAAACAUAACUGAGAGUAACUAUACGGAAGCUCUGCUGGAGCUCAACAGCACAGCACCUUCAGUAAUUCAGGAGCUCAAUCUCAAGACCUGUAAUUUGCAGGAUUUCCUCAGCCAGGGAGUAGAAGGUACUGGCCUGGCCUUCAUCGUGUUCACAGAGGCCAUUACCAAGAUGCCCAUUUCUCCUCUGUGGUCAGUGCUGUUCUUCAUCAUGCUCUUCUGCCUCGGCCUUUCCACCAUGUUUGGCAGCAUUGAGGGGGUCGUGGUGCCUCUGCAGGACCUGAACAUCCUCCCAAAGAGAUGGCCAAAAGAAGCCCUAACAGGAAUUGUUUGUUUGGUGUCCUUUGGAGUCGCUCUGAUCUUCACACAACGUUCCGGUGAAUACUGGCUCGCUCUGUUCGACGGAUUCGCCGGCUCCAUCCCCUUACUCAUCAUCGCCUUCUGUGAGAUGAUCGCUGUGUCUUACAUCUAUGGAAUAGACAGGUUUAAUGAAGACAUUGAGUUCAUGAUUGGACACAAGCCCAACAUCUUCUGGCAGGCCACAUGGAGACUCAUCAGUCCUCUCAUUGUUCUCGUUAUCUUCAUCUUCUACAUCAUCUCCACUGCCACCAAGGAGCUCACCUACAUCGCCUGGAACCCUGAAUCUAAAAACUUCCCCAAGUUAGAGGUUGUGCACUACCCCGAGUGGAUCAGUAUCAUCAUCUUCAUCCUUUCUGGAGUUCCUGCCCUGGUUAUUCCACUCGUCGCUGUUUAUAAAUUCAUCAAGAAACGCUGCUGUGGGAAAGACGACAAGCAGACACCAGAAAUACAAACCGUGUCUGGUCAAAUUCACACAGAAUUUAAGAAAGUGUAGAACUACAAACGGACCACCUUCACCGAAUGGGGACUCAACCGCUGUGUGCAGCGUUAACAGUAUAUUAUAGUAAUAUCUCAAACUGCAAAUUCUGUAAUUGUGUCAUAAAUCUGUGUGUCUCAAAGCUUUAUAAAGGAUCCUAACCUGCAUCAGUAGUGUUUGUUCACAUCGCUGUGAAAAUCUGUGUGGAAAUUACUGCAGAAUUCAGAAUGAGGUGUUGUUGUGUGACAGGAUCACUGAAGCAUGGUGGGGGGCUACUUUAAAGCUUUAGGUCUUUAGCUAUUCAUCACUGUUCUGUAGAAUUCUCUGAUAACACAGAAACAUUUUUAAUGUCUUCAACAAACCUUCUGAAAUCUAGCUCCAGUAGUCAGGUUUGUGUGGGAAUGUAGACUUCAUUACUGUAGAGUUAACAGUGUUUAUAUGUAAAUGUAUUGGUUUCUUUUUUUCUUGCAGUUUGUCACAGAUUUUAAGUAAUAAACUGAUUAAUUUUAUGCAGUAAAGAAAUAUGUGCAAUUAUAAUCCAAUUAUAAUCCAAUCCAAUUAUAAUCCAAUAAAAAUCCUUAUGAACUCA